GCGAGCGGCUUUGUUCACUUCCUGUUGUUCAAUAAAGGUUUUCCAGCUACAUACCGACAUGGGCGCUGUUACAGAUGAUGAGGUUAUUCGGAAACGUCUUCUCAUUGACGGGGACGGAGCUGGUGAUGACCGUCGAAUUAAUGUGCUGUUAAAGAGUUUCACCAAAUGGUGCAACUCUCCCGGGACCCCGGAGGAAGGGUUCACGCAGUAUCAGAGGAUGAUGGGUACACUGGCCCAGUGUGAAUUCUCCAUGGGGAAGACGUUGAUGGUUUAUGACAUGAACCUGAGGGAAAUGGAGAAUUAUGAGAAAAUCUACUCUAAUAUAGAACAAAACAUCACCUCUGCACAUGAGAAGAUCGCAGAAUGCAAAAAAGAAAUUCAGAGGGCAAAAAGAAUACGUAAAAAUCGCCAAGAGUACGAUGCUUUAGCGAAGGUUAUCCAGCAACACCCAGAUCGACAUGAAACACUAAAGCAGUUGGAGGCGCUUGACAAAGAACUGCAGCAACUGUCUCACAUCAAGGAGAAUGUAGAUGCAAAGCUGGAGUUAAGGAAGAAGCAGUUCCAUGUGUUACUCAGUACCAUACAGGAAUUACAACAGACACUUGAGAAUGAUGAGAAAUCAGACAAUGAUGACAACAAUCAGGAGAGCCCUGCAGAGAAUGGUGAAUGAACAUGUAAAGAGGCCGACUGAAAUAAGGAAGUAAACGGCUUUUAAAUGAUUUUGUUUUUUGUCUAAGAAUACUUUUUGUAUGUAUUUUUGAAUAAAGUUGACUUGUCCCAA